AUCGGAUCUAUUAUAGGAGGCAGUCCAUCGCGCAAUUUAAUGUUACCAACUAUUCGUCUACGCGAACAGUACGCGCUGAUGGAGACGCUUAUUUAAUGUGUAUUCAAAACCGUGUAUGCAGUCAUGGAUUUGAGUAUGAAGUUCGGGACAGUUGUUCAAUCCUACCAGCUGAAACGAUCGGGACCAAUUAACACCUGCGUCAGCUGGAAAAUUAAAUACCCUCGAGCACGGCUCACCUGAUCUGCGAAGACCGACCUCGACGCUCAGAAUAUGAGGCAACGGAUUCAUCAAGAGGCUAAACCACGCCUCCAGUACGGAGCGCCGAUACUGAAUCCUUUACGGUCGAAUUUAUUCUAGGCACAGGUUACCAGAAGCUCUAACAUCUCGAUUUUCAAUAAGAUUUUAGUUGCGUCACUAUUUAAAAGAUAAUUUUAUUUUGUAGCGAUAAUUGUCACUAUUUCAGAAAUGUUUCUUAUCAAUAUUUUAUAACGAAAAUGCGAACUGAUCUCAUAGUUGAACGGGAAGGCCAAAAUAUGAUGAAACAUUUAGAUAAAAACAGCAAUAUAAAACAUUGAUGAACAUGUCUUUAUUAGUUACAUUUACAAUGGCUUUCAAAAUUGCUUGCCUAAUAUUGGCAGUAGCCAUAGCAGUACAAGGCUUACCUCAUCUUGGACUCGAUUUAAAUAUCGGCGCUGGCCUUGGUCUUGGUGGACGUGGACACGGACAUAAGCACGGCGACGCUGGACUAGGACUAGGUAUUGGUGCUGGAAUUCAUGGACAUGGAAAUGGAGACGAUGACGGUGGACUGGGACUAGGUGUUGGUGCUGGAAUUCAUGGACAUGGACAUGGAAAUGGAGACGGUGACGCUGGACUGGGACUAGGUGUUGGUGCUGGAAUUCAUGGACAUGGACAUGGAAAUGGAGACGGUGACGCUGGACUAGGACUAGGUGUUGGUGCUGGAAUCCAUGGACGACAUGGAUAUGGAAAUCGAGACGGUGACGCUGGACUAGGACUAGGUAUUGGUGCUGGAAUUCAUGGACAUGGACAUGGAAAUGGACAUGGUGACGCUGGACUAGGACUAGAUGCUGGUGCUGGAAUUCAUGGACAUGGACAUGGAAAUGGAGACGGUGACGCUGGACUGGGACUAGGUGUUGGUGCUAGAAUUCAUGGACAUGGACAUGGAAAUGGAGACGGUGACGCUGGACUAGGACUAGGACUAGGUGUUGGUGCUGGAAUCCAUGGACGACAUGGAUAUGGAAAUCGAGACGGUGACGCUGGACUAGGACUAGGUAUUGGUGCUGGAAUUCAUGGACAUGGACAUGGAAAUGGACAUAGUGACGCUGGACUAGGACUAGAUGCUGGUGCUGGAAUUCAUGGACAUGGACAUGGAAAUGGAGACGGUGACGCUGGACUGGGACUAGGUGUUGGUGCUGGAAUUCAUGGACAUGGACAUGGAAACGCAAACGGCGACGCUGGACUAGGACUAGGUGUUGGUGCUGGAAUCCAUGGACGACAUGGAUAUGGAAAUCGAGACGGUGACGCUGGACUAGGACUAGGUAUUGGUGCUGGAAUUCAUGGACAUGGACAUGGAAAUAGAGACGGUGACGCUGGACUAGGAGUUGGUGCUGGUGUUGGAGCUUAUGGACAUGGACAUGGAAAUAGAGACGGUAACGCUGAGCUAGGAGUUGGUGCUGGAAUUCAUGGACAUGGGAAUGGAGACGGUAACGCUGGACUAGAAGUUGGUCCUGGUGUUGGAGUUCAUGGACAUGGACACGGAAAUGGAGACGGUGACGCUGGACUAGGAGUCGGUGCUGGUAUCGGAGUUCAUGGACAUGGGCAUGGAAAUGGAGAUGGUGACGCUGGACUAGGAGUCGGUGCUGGUGUCGGAGUUCAUGGACAUGGGCAUGGAAAUGGAGACGGAGACGCUGGACUAGGAGUCGGUGCUGGUGUCGGAGUUCAUGGACAUGGGCAUGGAAAUGGAGACGGUGACACUGGACUAGGAGUUGGUGCUGGUUUUGGAGUUCAUGGACAUGGGCAUGGAAAUGGAGACGGUGACACUGGACUAGGAGUUGGUGCUGGUGUUGGAGUUCAUGGACAUGGGCAUGGAAAUGGAGACGAUGACGCUGGACUAGGAGUUGGUGCUGGUAUUGGAGUUCAAGGACAUGGACAUGGAAAUGGAGACGGUGACGCUGGACUAGGAGUUGGUGCUGGUGUUGGAGCUAAUGGACAUAGACAUGGAAAUGGAGACGGUAACGCUGAGCUAGGAGUUGGUGCUGGUGUUGGAGUUCAUGGACAUGGGCAUGGAAAUGGAGACGAUGACGCUGGACUAGGAGUUGGUGCUGUUAUUGGAGUUCAUGGACAUGGGCAUGGAAAUGGAGACGGUGACACUGGACUAGGAGUUGGUGCUGGUGUUGGAGUUCAUGGACAUGGGCAUGGAAAUGGAGACAGUGACACUGGACUAGGAGUUGGUGCUGGUGUUGGAGUUCAUGGACAUGGGCAUGGAAAUGGAGACGAUGACGCUGGACUAGGAGUUGGUGCUGGUAUUGGAGUUCAUGGACAUGGGCAUGGAAAUGGAGACGGUGAUGCUGGAGUAGGAGUUGGUGCUGGUGUUGGAGCUCAUGGACAUGGACACGGAAAUGGAGAUGGUGACGCUGGACUAGGAGUUGGUGCUGGUGUUGGAGCUUAUGGACAUGAACAUGGAAAUGGAGACGGUAACGCUGAGCUAGGAGUUGGUGCUGGUGUUGGAGUUCAUGGACAUGGGCAUGGAAAUGGAGACGAUGACGCUGGACUAGGAGUUGGUGCUGGUAUUGGAGUUCAUGGACAUGGGCAUGGAAAUGGAGACGGUGACGCUGGGCUAGGAGUUGGUGCUGGUGUUGGAGUUCAUGGACAUGGACAUGGAAAUGGAGACGGUGGCGCUGGACUAGGACUAGGUAUUGGUGCCGGAAUUCAUGGACAUGAACAUGGAAAUGGAGACGGUAACGCUGAGCUAGGAGUUGGUGCUGGUGUUGGAGUUCAUGGACAUGGGCAUGGAAAUGGAGACGAUGACGCUGGACUAGGAGUUGGUGCUGGUAUUGGAGUUCAUGGACAUGGGCAUGGAAAUGGAGACGGUGACGCUGGGCUAGGAGUUGGUGCUGUUAUUGGAGUUCAUGGACAUGGGCAUGGAAAUGGAGACGGUGACACUGGACUAGGAGUUGGUGCUGGUGUUGGAGUUCAUGGACAUGGGCAUGGAAAUGGAGACAGUGACACUGGACUAGGAGUUGGUGCUGGUGUUGGAGUUCAUGGACAUGGGCAUGGAAAUGGAGACGAUGACGCUGGACUAGGAGUUGGUGCUGGUAUUGGAGUUCAUGGACAUGGGCAUGGAAAUGGAGACGGUGAUGCUGGAGUAGGAGUUGGUGCUGGUGUUGGAGCUCAUGGACAUGGACACGGAAAUGGAGAUGGUGACGCUGGACUAGGAGUUGGUGCUGGUAUUGGAGUUCAUGGACAUGGGCAUGGAAAUGGAGACGGUGACGCUGGGCUAGGAGUUGGUGCUGGUGUUGGAGUUCAUGGACAUGGACAUGGAAAUGGAGACGGUGGCGCUGGACUAGGACUAGGUAUUGGUGCCGGAAUUCAUGGACAUGGCCAUGGACAUGGAGACAAUGACGCGGGACUAGGACUAGGCGUUAGUGCUGGAAUUCAUGGACAUGGUAAUGGAAAUGGAGACAAUAAUGCUGGACUAGGACUCGGUGUUGGUGUUGGAAGUUAUGGCCAUGGUAACGGAUACAGAAAUGGUGACGCUGGCCUAGGACUCGGUGUUGGUGUUGGAGCUCAUGGCCAUGGUAACGGAUACGGACAUGGUGACGCAGGGCUAGGACUCGGUGUCAGUGCCGAAUCUCACGGACAUGGUUACGGCCAUGGUUAUCACGAUUUCGGACUCGGAGGUGGAGCCAAUGUUGGUACUGGAUUAUACGGACGUGGUAGCACUGACGGCUACCGUCAUGAUGGAGCUAAGCUAGGUCUAGGAAUAGGCGUCGGAGGUGGAGCAGGCGCUGGUUUAUCUGACUUUGGAUUUGGUGCCUUUAGCGGCUUAGGCAGACGCCACGAUUAUGGAUUCGACAGAUAUGGCAUUAACGGCUAUAGAAACUAUGGUUACCGAGACUUUGGCCACGGCAAUUACCCUGGCUACAAUAAUAUAAUCUACAACACAAUGUAAAUAGUGAAUAUACAUUAUUAUUAAUUAAUUAUAUCUAAUUCUUCUUCUUC